AUGGGCAGCGACGAGAAAGCCGUAGCCAAGCCCGCUGAGAAGGAGGUCGCUGGCCAGAAGAGGAAGGCGCCCGCGGACGCCAAGAUCACGUCGUUCAAGGAGUCCCCCAAGAACAAGAGCAAGGCCAAGAAGGAGAAGGAUGAAGAGGAGGAGGAGAAGGAGGAAGACAAGGGUGGAGACGACGAUGAUGAGGACGACGAGGACGCCGAGGAGGGAGGAGACGACGAUGACGACGACGACGACGAUGACGAGGAGGAGGACAUGGCCCCUAAGAAGAAGAAGCGGCGGACGGACAGCGACGACAGCGACAGCGGCGACGAGUCCGAGUCCGAGCUCAAGAUGACGGAGGACGACCUUAUCGGCGUGGACACGACCAACAUCAUCCCGCGCUCUCGCCGUCGUGCGGCGGUAGCUGCGGAGGCGCUGGCUUCCGAGGAGAUCGCGGCGGCUACGGGCUCUGCACCUGCCGGUGCGUCUAAGGGCAACGACGACGACGACGACAACGACGGCGAGUCUAGCGACGAGGCCGAGUUCUAAGCUGAGGCACGGAGGAUUAAGGGCCGACGCACUCACUCACUUUGAGAUAUACUCUUCUUGCAAACAUUC